UUACAUUUUUUAAAUUUUCGAAAUCAGCUUAACAUCAAGAUAUCUCAAGUUUAAGGAAAUUCAGAGAAAGUUACCAUGAAUGACUCGAAUGACGUUGACGACAGAAAAUCCUUUGAGCAAAGCAAUGUGCGAGAAUUUGAGGAGGUCCAUAUUCCAGUGCCUUGGGGUUACAUAAGUGGAAAGUGGUGGGGUCCUAAAGAAAAACAACCAAUCUUAGCAUUGCAUGGUCGUGAAGAUAAUGCAGGCAGCUUUGAUAAUUUAAUUCCAUUGUUAUCAACAAAUACGUCAGUGCUGUGUUUGGAUUUACCUGGGCAUGGUUUAUCUUCUCAUUUUCCGAAAGGACACUUGUAUUAUAUGUAUUGGGAAGGCAUCAAUCUUCUUCGUAGAAUAAUUAAACAUUAUAAAUGGAACAAGAUAAAACUGCUUGGUCAUUCUCUGGGCGGUGCGAUAUCUUUCAUGUAUGCAGCUUCAUUUCCAGAAGAAGUCGAUUUUGUAAUAAGCCUAGAUAUAGUUAGUCCUAGUGUAAAAAAUAUUAAUGAUUGUGCUAAAACAACAGGCGAUCAAGUCGACAAGUUUCUUAAAUAUGAAAAUUUAAUGGCUUAUAACGUACCUUGCUAUGAAUAUAGCGUAAUGAUCGAUAUAGUUCACAAUGCGUAUAAAGGUUCAAUUACAAGAAAGAGUGCUGAAAUAUUGAUGAAACGAGGCAUGCAACCCGCAAUUGCUUCAGGAAAGUACUAUUUUAGUAGAGACCCAAGACUAAAGGUUGCGUUGCUUGGCAUGUUAUCGCUAGAUUUAGCGAUAGCUUAUGCGUCUCAGAUAAAAUGUGCUUAUCUCAAUAUCCGAGCUGUGCCUGGAAUGAUAUUUGAUGAACCGGAGAAUUAUCAGAAAGUUUUAGAAAUUAUAAAAAUUAAUUCAAGAAGAUUUGAGUACCAUGAAGUAGAGGGAACGCAUCAUGUUCAUUUGAAUAAUCCUGAAAAAGUAGCUCCAAUUAUAAAUGAAUUUUUAAGGUUGCAGUGAUAGUUAAUUGAAAUAUCAUGGUGACUUGACGAAGUCACCUUUGUCUAGAGAUUAUAAUUUAUAUCAUUUUAUAACCGUAUGAAAAAUUUUAUUGAAUUAUUUAAGAAAUUGGAGCUAGGGAUAGUUGAAUUAUUUAAUUUUGUUAAAGUGCAUUGAUUGCACAUAUUUAUCUUUGUACAAUUACUCCCUUCUUUCUUAAUUGUUUUUAAAACUAUAAUAA